CCCACCACCACAUACGACACAUCUGUCUCCCUCUUUCUAACUACAAAAACUAAUCACUCCGAAUGGGUGGGAGGAUACUUGUAUAAAAGUAUUCUCACACGUUCGUAAUCCACAGUAUCGGUUCAAGCUGCUCUACACGUUGCAAAAGAGGUCUCUCUCACAGUGCCUGAUUAUUAUUUCGUACUCUAAUGCCGAUCGUGACAUUUUCUAACGUGGCAAUAACCAGAAAGAAUAACUACCAUCUAUAAGACAAAUAUCCAUUAGCCGAAUGCUAAUUUCGAGAAUACUCUGUGCACGAAUCAAUUCAUUUUCUUCCCCGUAUCUCGAAAAUGGCGUUCCUCACGCCACACUGGAUCCUAGAUGGCAUCCUGAUUUGCGCAUCUCUCAUCGUCGCGGCGUACAUGUACGUCACCCGAAAUUUCAAAUACUGGGCAAAACGAGGAGUUCCGGAAAUUCCUCCGGCACCGUUCGUCGGAAAUUUCGGAGGCUGUCUUAUGUUGAAGAAAGCAUCGCAAGACUUCGCGAAAGAACUGCAUUGCCACUUCAAAGGCGAACCUUACGCGGGGUUCUACAUUUUCGAUAAACCAUUCUUCCUGGUACGAGAUCCUGAACUUGUGAAACACGUUAUGGUAAAGGAUUUUGGCGCAUUCGCUGAUAGAUAUGCUUCGUCGGAUAAGCAUGAUCCAAUUGGAUCCGCGAAUCUUUUCCUGAUGAAUAAUCCGCGCUGGAGGGUGCUUAGAAUGAAGCUGACGCCUCUCUUCACUUCCGGACGGCUGAAGAAAAUGUUCGACUUGAUGCUGGUCGUUGCCGAUGAACUGGAUCGGGUCCUCGAAGAAUCAAAUUUAUCUAUUCCCAAGGUGAUGGAGAUGAAAGACCUUGCGGCAAACUUUACCACGGAUUUGAUUGCCACCACGAUUUUUGGUAUACAAGUGAAUUCGUUGCGCGAUCCCAAAACACACUUCCGGGAACAGGGCAGAAAAGUUUUCGACUAUGACUUUCUUCGCGGCCUGGAGUUCCUUAUUAUAUUCUUUAUGCCACAUUUAACUAAGUAUUAUCGCGCCAAAUUUUUCGGCAAACAGGCCACGGAAUAUUUCCGAUCCAUUGUCGACAAAGUGAUGAAUCAGCGAAUUGAGACGGGGGAGAAGAGGAACGAUUUGAUCGACCUUCUCGUCGAACUGAAGCAAACGCAUGAGAAUGAAGGUGCUAUCGAUGGGUUCAAAUUCAGCUACGAAGACCUGCUAGCGCAGGCAGGCGUUUUCUACGUUGCCGGUUUUGAAACUUCCUCUUCCGCCAUGGCCUUCGGUCUGUACGAACUAGCAUUAAAUAUGGACGUACAGAAAACACUAAGAACGGAGAUUCGCGAAGCACUCGACAAAACUGAAGGAAGAAUUACGUAUGAAAUGAUCAUGACAUUGCCGUAUCUUGAUAUGGUUGUCUCGGAAGUUCUCCGCAAGUAUCCGACAUUAGGAUUUCUAGAACGCGUCGCAGCCACCGACUACAAAGUUCGUAAUUCCGAUUUAGUACUGGAGAAAGGUACUCCGGUGUACAUCUCUUUGUACGGAAUGCACUAUGACCCGGAGUACUAUCCUGAUCCGGAAAAAUUCGAUCCCAUGCGAUUCAGCGAGGAGAACAAAAAGAACCGGCCAUCAUUAACGUACUUCCCUUUCGGCGAGGGACCACGUGCUUGCAUCGGGCUUCGAAUGGGUCUUAUGCAAACAAAACUGGGCAUUGUUCGGAUGCUAAGCAAAUACGAGGUGUUGCCUUGCGAGAAAACGCCGGUGCCGGUGGUGCUGAACCCAAAAGCGUCUAUUACGGCAUCGCUGACGGGACUGUACUUGAAUGUUCGGAAAAUCACGACAGAGCCUAGUUAAAUAUGUAUAUAACCAGAUGCAGUUACUAAUCAAAGACUAUUGCGAAUUAAGUAAAGUUUUUGAGACUGUAUGUGAUAACGA